AUGAGCUUCAAUGAAUACUUCAAGUGUGGACGAUCGGGCCACUGGGCCAGGGAAUGCCCUACUGGUGGAGGUCGGGGUCGUGGAAUGAGAAGCCGCGGCAGAGGGUUCCAGCUUGUUUCCUCAUCGCUUUCUGACAUCCCUUACCGCUGUGAUAAGUCUGGUCAUCUUGCCAAGGAUUGUGAUCUUCAGGAGGAUGCCUGCUAUAACUGUGAUAGAGGCAGCCACAUUGCCAAGCACUGCAAGGAGCCCAAGAGAGAGCGAGAGCCAUGCAACUACAACUGUGGCAAGCCAGGCCAUCUGGCUCGUGAGUGUGACCACGCCGAUGAGCAGAAGUGUUAUUCUUGUGGUGAAUUUGGACAUAAUCGAAAAGACUGCAGCAAGGUGAAGUGCUAUAGGUGUGGUGAAACUGGUCAUGUAGCCAUCCAUUGCAGCAAGACAAGUGACGUCAGCUGUUACCGCUGUGGUGAGUCAGGGCAUCUCUCACCGGAAUGCACAAUUGAGGCUACAGUCUAA